AUGCCUCAGCCUCACUACGAUCUACUUGUAAAGCUUCUCCUUAUCGGUGACUCGGGCGUCGGCAAGUCGUGCCUGCUCCUGCGGUUCUGCGACGAUGCAUGGACCCCUUCGUUCAUCACGACCAUCGGUAUUGACUUCAAGAUCCGCACGAUCGAGGUCGAUGGCAAGCGCAUCAAGCUGCAGAUCUGGGAUACCGCGGGCCAGGAGCGUUUCCGCACUAUUACCACGGCAUACUACCGCGGCGCGAUGGGUAUCCUCCUUGUGUUUGACGUGACGGACGAGAAGAGCUUCCAAAACAUCCGCAACUGGCACAAGGACGUCGAGCAGCACGCCAGCGAGGGCGUGCGCAAGAUCCUCGUCGGCAACAAGAGCGACUGGGAAGAGAAGAGGGCGGUCUCGACCGAGCAGGCGCAAGACCUCGCCAACGAGCUCGGCCUCACCUACGUCGAGACGUCGGCCAAGUCGAACGCAAACGUGGACGAUGCAUUCUUCAAGCUUGCGCAACAGGUCAAGGACCACCUCGUUGACCAGGGCAUCACCUCGAACGCACCCGGCACCUCCGGCGCACAGACGCUCAAUGGCCAGUCCGGCUCGGGCAGCUUCGGCGUGGGCUCUGCCUCAGGCAAGCAGGGCGGCUGCUGCUAA